AUGGCUGACAACGGCCCCUCAUCUGUGCCGGGGAGCCUUCCUCCGCAGCAGAACACUGGUGGCCAAGGGUUCGACAACCAGAAUGGCCAGUCGAACUCGGCCCAUAUGCCGCCUCCCCCCCUCCACAUUCCCCAGAAUACAAACCCGAUCCCGACGGCGAUCACUUCGCCCCUGGGCGGCGGCGAUCAGAGCGGACUCAUGUCACCCACCAGUGCCGCCGCUUACGGAGGCCGGCGUUCGGCGCCUGAGCCUAACAAGCGGGCUCUUUAUGUCGGCGGCCUGGACCAGCGCGUGACCGAGGAUGUACUGCGCCAGAUCUUUGAAACUACAGGACACGUGCAGAAUGUCAAGAUCAUCCCCGACAAGAAUGCGAAGGGUUACAAUUACGGGUUUGUCGAAUAUGACGACCCUGGCGCAGCGGAACGUGCCAUGCAGAACCUGAACGGACGCAGGGUUCACCAGUCGGAGAUCCGGGUCAACUGGGCCUACCAGUCCAACACGACCAGCAAGGAGGACACUUCGGGCCACUUCCACAUCUUCGUGGGCGACCUGUCAAACGAGGUCAACGAUGAGGUUCUUACGCAGGCAUUUACGUCCUUUGGAUCGGUCUCUGAGGCCCGCGUCAUGUGGGAUAUGAAGACUGGCCGAUCGCGGGGAUAUGGCUUUGUCGCCUUCCGUGACCGUCCAGAUGCCGAGAAGGCGCUGAGCUCCAUGGAUGGCGAGUGGCUUGGGUCGCGCGCAAUCCGCUGCAACUGGGCCAAUCAGAAGGGUCAGCCGUCCAUGGCACAGCAGCAGGCCUUGCAGCAGGUUGGCAUGACGCCGACCACGCCGUUUGGCCACCACCAUUUCCCAACCCAAGGCAUCAACAGCUACGAGAUGGUGAUCAACCAGACGCCGGCGUGGCAGACGACAUGCUAUGUUGGCAAUCUGACGCCGUACACCACGCAGAAUGAUCUUGUGCCACUUUUCCAGAACUUUGGCUACGUUGUCGAAUCGCGCUUUCAGUCUGACCGGGGCUUCGCCUUCAUCAAGCUCGACAGCCACGAGAAUGCCGCCAUGGCUAUCUGCCAGCUGAACGGUUACAACGUGAACGGCCGUCCCCUGAAGUGCAGCUGGGGCAAGGACAAGACUCCGAACGCCCAGGGCUUUGACCCUUCGCAGCAAUCAUACGGUAGUCCGCAAAGUGCACAGGCACCGGGUCCGUAUCCCGGAUCGCCGACUACAUAUUUCCCUCAAUAUGGUGCACAAUACGGAAACGGCCAGCAGAGCGGCAACUACGGCGGACCCCCGACGGCGCAGUCUCCUGUCGGCUACGGUGGCCAAGCCCCGAUGGGCUAUAGUGGCCAGCACGGAUCUGGCAGCGGAUACGGCCGUGGCCAGCUGUCUCCGCAGCAGGGUUCACAACAGCAGCGAUCUCAGCCUCUGACUCAGGGCUUUGACAACAACAACAGUUUCAACGGUUAUUGA